GACACGACUUACCCACACUGUUCGGGGGCGGCUGCCUGUUGCGCUGUAGAUGGAGCGCUUGUCUGUGCCGUAACCUUGUGGGAUGGCCGAGGAAUGGCGAACUUCGGUAUUCAUCGCUUGCAAAUUAGCGAUAGCGACGACAGCGACCGUAACAUUCUCGUGAGGGCUGACAGGUGCGUUUCAUACGAAAGCACGGAGCGCAUCGAUGCUACCACGUCUUGGGCCACUGCUUCCAAUGCAGACAUCCCGUUAGAUCUCACCAACUCUGUGGAGACCAAUCACUCACAGCACACUGAACUAAGUUUCCCCAGCGGUGAGAUACAAGGUGAACGGCUGGCGAAGUGUUGGCAGUCAAAUUACCACGAGGCAGCAAUAUUCCUAGAGGAAGGCGAAAACAAUGACAAGCUCGACUUCCACCCAUGCAGCCGCGAAGCGCUGCCGGCCUAUCUGGUCGUCCACAAUGUGCUCUUCUACUGCCUUGACCUCCUCUCAGCCACCGUGCUUAUGGCACUGGCCCUUAUGGAGGCCCCUGCCGUACCAGGCCUCAGCGUCCCCGUGGCUCUUCACGUUUCCGUUGAGCUACUGGCCCUCUCCGUAGUUGCUGUUGAACUGUGCAUGAAACUCCGAUGGAUGGGGCUCAAACCAUUUUUGACUCACAAGAGAACAGUUUUCAAACUGUCAAUACUGCUGUUGAUGCUGAUAGAGGCACUUGUGGUUGCUGCUCGGCAGGCCACACACUUCCGCAUCCUCCGUGCCCUCAGGCCUAUAUUCCUAAUUGACAACCACUACUUGGGCGGCGUUCGGAGAUUGACUCGGCAGAUUCUGCAGUCUCUUCCACCGGUGUUUGAUAUGUUGGUCAUAUUGUUUUUCUUCAUGACUGUGUUUGCCAUUUUGGGAUAUCACAUCUUCUCGUUUGUUGACAACCAGCCCUACUUCAGUACACUCUAUGACAGCCUUGUGAAUCUCUUCGUACUGUUGACGACAUCCAACUUCCCUGAUGUGAUGAUACCAUACUAUGCCAACUCCAAAUGGGCUGCGCUGUUUUUCGUCGUGUUUCUGCUCGUCCAUCUCUACUUCCUCAUGAAUUUGGUGUUGGCAGUUGUGUAUGAGCGUUUCUCAUCCCUGGAGAAGGACAAAUUCCGCAAGCUGCUGCUUCAUCGCAGGAAAGCCUGCCACCAGGCCUUCCGCCUGCUUGUCAAUCGAUCCUCUCCGUCGUGCCUCUACUUCUGCCACUUUGAGGGGCUCAUGAAGUACUACAAGCCACGUGCAAAGCGAAGGGACGUCUACUUGAUGUUCAAGACCAUGGACACAGCGCAGAAUGGAUUUCUCAGCCAAGAAGAGUUCCUUCAGGUGUAUGAAGCCAGCAAGCUCACGUGGGAGCGCAAAUGGUCAGACUACCCUUGGUUUAAUGAGCUGAAGAGACCAUUUGAGAGAAAACUAUUUGAAGGUGCCUACAAGGUGAUCACUUGGAAAUGGAGCAACGUUAUCAUAUACCUUGUUAUUGCAACAAGCUUUCUCUGGCACAUAGUGGAAAUCACACAGUUGACAGGUGGCCCCUCAUCAGUCAUAGGGGAUGGAAAGACUGGACUUUCAGCAUGGCUUCUAGUUGGGCUGCUCAUAUUUUACCUUACCGAGAUGCUUUUGAAGAUAGCAGCCUUUGGUGUAGCCGAUUACUUCCACCAAGGUUGGAACAAGUUUGACUUUGUGGUCAUCGUGGCUGCUGUCGUGUUUGGGUCCAUAGGAGCCUUCCUGGAUGCCAACCUGUUGCGAAUACUCAUCUUUCGCUCACUGCGUCUUCUCAAGUUGUUUCAGCUGAAGAAGAGCUACCACGAUGUCUUGGGCACAGUGUUCAUCUUGAUGCCUCGAUUUGUCAGCGUUGGAGUUGUCCUUGUUAUCGUCUACUAUUUUUUUGCCAUCAUUGGAAUCGAGGUUUUCUCACAGUACGUCAUGGAGGACUGUUGCAAGAACACAACGGUUGAACUCUACUUUGCCACGAAUACAUCAUCGGGACCCGGCUAUUUCUAUCUGAUGAACUUUCACAAUAUGGCCAACAGCUAUGUGACCCUGUUUGCCCUGAUGGCUGUCAACAAUUGGUUCAUCAUCAUGGACGGAUACGCUGCAGUCACGUCAGAGUUCAGCCGUCUGUUCUUUAUGUCCUUCUAUCUUAUCACCAUGAUCGUCCUGCAAAUUGUUGUGGCCUUCGUGCUCGAAGCAUUCAUAUUCAGGAUACAGUACAAAAUGAAGAUAGGCAAAGAGAGCAAAGAAGACAACCUUGUGAGGGUCGAGACGACAAUGUCACGAGCGGAGCUGCAAUUCUGCAGCGUGCCUCCGGAGUUGUCCAGAAACCCACAGCCACUGAUUUAUGACGUGGACAGUAGUUCGCAGAAACUUGUAUUUCGAGGAGUGCGCUGGAAAACAAAGUUCUCCUUCUGCCUCAAGAUGUAUGCCGACGAAGCAAAGGAGUGGCUGGACCAUGCAGAACUGGAGGAAAGGCGCUCCAAUGACUGGCUAGUGCUCAACAUGCAAAGCUCUGAAGCCGACGGUGGAAACCGAUGGAACGAAAACCCCAAUCGCCGGACGUUCACCUUAUGACUACAAACAGCCUCGGUGUAGCGACCUGUAUAGUUGUACAGCCCAUCAACGCGAUUCAUAUUUUAUGCAUCAUCCAUGCCAAUCAUUGCUGCUUGGUGAAAUGUGAGCUACAGUGUAUCAGCCAGCUCCGGUAUAUAUAUAUUUUUUUUUUUGUUCCGCAGUCGUGAACUUCAGUUACGGGCAACUUUUUUGUUUCACUUUGAUUACAGUAGAAUCUUGGUAAACGGAACUGCCACCUAAAUAGAACAGCCUUUAAUUUGCUUUUGUAUCUGGGUAAUGCAAAGAAAAAUCCCUUCAUUAAUUGGAAUUCAAAUCUACAUAUCGCUUCAUAAACCAAGCCAUUUGUAAUGUUGAGACUAUUCAAGGAGCACAAUUGGCAGUCCGAACCCUCAACAAUUUCCUUCUUUUUAUUGCGAUAGCAAUUAUGUGGACAGUCUCGACGGGUUUUUGCUGUCGCCGUCAUGUCCUUCCCGUAUGAAGUCCAAAUUGAUAAGAUCUUCCCACGCGUCGUAUGUUCUACCGCGGGUAAAAGCGCGCAAGCGGGGGCGAUGAACGCGGCCGAAGCAGAGAUCAAACGAGCCGGCCCAUUUCCGUCACUUGGAGGGUGCGUGCGAUAACAUCACCCCGCUCGGGAGGCCUGCCAUCGAAGCAGACAGGAAACGCUAUGCCCUUCUUUAACGAGCAUGAAAAAACGCAUCGCUCGGAGGGGGGAGGGGGGGGGGGGUAGCGAGCAGCGCUACUUUGAACUUUCAAUCUAAGGGCGCGGUUGGGAUUGCUGGCGCGCACGCUAUCUUCACAGCCAUCACAGUGGGCGGCUCGUCUACUCUUCUACGUGCUGCGCUCUCAACGCGAAGUGACUAUGCGGAGAGCAUCUCUCCUUGGAGCGGCUGUGAAACUGUGACUGUUUUUUUUUUUCAGAAAGAACCAAAAUCUGAAAUCCUUUCAAAGCUUGUUUCCUGUGGAAAAUGCUAUAUUUUUUAAGUGCCAAUUGCAAGCAAGAAGGGAUACAUUUUUUUAUCUGUGACACGUGCAGCCACAAACUGACAGCAGAGACAUCCACGAUUACCUAGAAAUUCAUUUUGUAUGCUUGACCAUCCGGAAAACAAUUGUAAGAGCUUGUGACAUACAGUGCUGCACUCCACCUACUUUUCAGAAAAGGUCCUGUUAAACACAACACGUUCUCCCGGUCUCUCCACAUUCCGUUUAACAAGAUUCUACUGUAAUUUACAGUGGGCAGCAUACUUGACCCUUGGUUCCACAUAUGCAAGCUGCCUUAAACAUGCUAUGCAAGACAGUGCAGCGUAGCUGCAUUGGUCAAACCUUUGCUAUGUAAAAGGCCAAGAAUACAACUAUGCCAAGAAGAGACGAAAAAUGUUCAGGCCAUUUUAACAGCAGUUACUGCUGUGAAUGCACUCUGAAUUGUGCAAGGCUUGGGCAGGGUUUUAUUCUUUCUUUUUUCUUCCAUUGAACGUCAAUUUUAUACGACUAUAAAGAUGUAUGCAUCUUGUCACAUCAAUGUAGUCAGCCAGACGAGCAUUUAAAGUUAAGCUCCGACAAAACAAAGCAACCUUCUCCACUAUCGUCAGACUGUUGCAACUAGCAUGUACAUCACCAUCACCUAUGCAUCUGCAAAUGUCCACAACUGCUGUGACAUGUAAACUUGCACAGUUUUUAUUAUCGAAACUCGGGUUGCCAGGGUGGAUGCUAAUCAACUAUUACUAUACAUUAAUUUCGAGACGUCUUUUACUGCACAUUGCACGGCAAGCACGAACCUCAUGCUAUUUUUACCGUCUUGUGUGAUUAUGCACGUUUAUAAAGUUUUCAAUGUUUUACAAGUAUUAAAUUUUAAGUUAAGAAAAAACGUUUUAAUUAGUAUUUACGUUUCGGUUUACAUAUUUUAAGCAAUCGUGUUAAGUUGGCAAGCCAAAGAGAACCAGGCUGAAACUAUCUUUCUUUUUUUUUUCUUUUUGAGCUGCUCCAGUAUAGUACUUCACUUUUAAUCAUUUGUGUGCAACUUCCCCAUGCUUCAUUCAUUGUUGUAACUGUUUUGAAUGGAGGUCACAUCUUGUGCUGCAAGUUUUAGCGUCACAAAAAUUCAAGUCAGGUGACCUUUUAUGGCCGUUUCGUCCAGUAUCCGUUUUAAUUCUCUGCUCAUUUACGGCAAGACCCUUUACAACAAGCAACCACCAAGGAAGGCAUGGUUGCUUGGAAACUGGUAGAGCCCCUGCAGACAUUAUAUAAUUCUGGUAGCGGGUACAGCUGCUUUCAUAUUAAAGCAAACACACCUUAGGUGCUUCAAGUAGCCUUAUUGGAAUACAUGGGUCAAAAGCAACAAACGUUAACGGUUUUCGGAUUACAAUAAGCUAGCCAGCAUAUACAAGGCACUCCUAGCUCCACGUGCAGGAGAUACAAACAGGCGGUCAAUGUGUUUGUGGUAACUCCUGACAACAGUACCUCUGCAUGGUGCUAGACACUUCAAUUGAUGAAACAU